GGGAACGGUAGUUUCCUAGCCGCCCAAGGUGGUGCCUUGGACAGAUGCGCGUCCGGCGUUGGAGAUCGGCGGCUGCAUCCAGGGCUUGGCCGCGGGGCUGGUGCGGAUCGGGCCGUCUUUGGGUCCGUCUGGAGAGAGAGGGGACCCCCUCCCCCCUCUGCCGAGAUUUUGGGGAAAGCCUUGUCUAUCUGCUCUAUUUGUCGAUUAAUCGGAAUGUAGCUGGGGUGACGGGAGAAUUUAGCAACUACAGCUGAUGAAAAAAGAAGACCAACAUGAUUUAAAUCGGGUCCUCAGUUGCCUCUGAAGGGGCUGCAGGUCCUUGCAGAUUUGUAAAAGAUGCUGGGCGUCGGGGUCCUGGCAGAUCCGAAGGAAGACCUUUACAAAGACCUCGCGUUUCCGGCUAGCGACGGUUCUCUGUUUUUCAACUGUUCUACUCCGUUGGCCCAGUUCAAAGGAGAUAUUUACUGGCUGAGACCUCAGGAGAUCUGCUCUUCGCCUCGAUUAUUUUCAGACAGUCAACAUGAAUGGCAGGUCAAGCAAGGCAUGCUGGGAGAUUGCUGGUUUCUCUGCGCCUGCGCUGCUUUGCAGAAAAAUAAAUACCUGCUCACCAAGGUGAUACCUCCAGGUCAGCCCAGCUGGAAGGAUGAGAAAUACCGUGGCUGCUUCACUUGUCGUAUCUGGCAGUUUGGCCACUGGGUGGAGGUGACCAUCGAUGAUCGGCUGCCUUGUCUGGGGGGCAAGCUCUGUUUCUCCCAGUGCCAGACGGAAGACGUGUUUUGGCUUCCCCUGCUGGAGAAAGCUUAUGCCAAGGUUCACGGAUCUUACGAGCAACUCUGGGCAGGCCAGGUAGCCGAUGCCCUAGUUGAUCUGACCGGAGGCCUUGCGGAACGGUGGUCGCUGAAAGACCUGAGCCAAAAUCCUGAACGAGAGCGGGCCGGCAAAGUCUUGGAGAAAACGGUGUUCAGACGGUUGAUGAACCUGAAGGAGAAAUGUGUCAUGAGCUGUUCCGUCUUCAGUUCACGGCAAGGGACCAGCCAGCUGGGAGAGUUCCACGCCUUCAUUGUGGUUGACAUGCAGGAUCUUUCCAAGGUAUCCAGGAAAGAGACAAUCCUGCUGCGGAUCCGGAAUCCCUGGGGGAGACGCUGCUGGAAAGGCCCCUGGAGGGAAGGAGGGCCAGGAUGGAAUCAAUUGGAUCCGGUGGUGGGCGCUGAACUUUUAUCCCAGCUACAGGAAGGAGACUUUUGGGCUGAAGAAGAGGAAUUUUUCAUGGAAUUUGAUGAGGUCAUCACCGGAUACCCUGUCACAGAAGAAGGACAGCUUCAGAGCCUUUACACUGACAAAGUGCUGAGCCACACGCAGAAGCUGUAUGGGUCCUGGGUGCGAGGGCAGUCUGCGGGGGGUUGCCGUAACAACAGCACCUUCCCCACGAACCCCAAAUUCUGGCUGAGAGUCUGCGAGCAGAGCGAGCUGUGCAUUGCCCUCCUACAGAAGCCCCGGAAGCACAGCACCGAUUGGGCUGGCAGGAUUCGCGCCUGGCCUCGCCUCCCGGAAGCCGACCCCUCCUUGGUGGAUAACGUCCGAGGGAAGAAUUACCAUGCCGUGGGCUUGCACAUAUGGAAGAUUGAGAAGAAACAAUUCAACCUUCCCAAGACACUCUCUGCGCCACCGGUUGCGAGCACAGCGUGUCAUUCCUUCAACCGAGAGGUCCAUCUUCAUUGCGAGCUUUCUCCUGGGUACUACCUGGUCGUUCCCAGCACUUUUCUGAAUAAUACGGAAGGAAAUUUCCUGCUCCGGGUUUUCUCCAGUGGAAGAAUUUCUCUCAGUGAGAUCAAGCUCCCUUUGCUGGAUAACACCAUCCACGAAGCGUUCCCAGGAGGCGAGUGGGAGACGGCUCAGCUGGAGGGAUCGUGGAAGAAAGGCCACAACGCCGGAGGCAGCCGCAACUUCCCCUCGUUCCACACCAAUCCCUGCUUCCCUUUGUCGGUUCCCGCCGGGUUUGGCCAGAGAAGCGUCAAGGUGUCUCUCCGUCAGCACUGCCCAGAUAACAAGUGCCGUCCCAUUGGCUUUCAUAUCUUCCAGGUUCCCAGUGACAACAAUCAUGUGAAAAUGGCUUCCACAGCUUUCCUGCAAUUGGAGCCGGUUGUUAGUUGUGUGCCUCAUUGCUACUCUCAGGAAAUAAGUCAGACAUGUCGGCUGCCUUCAGGAAAUUACGCCGUUGUCCCAUCAACGUACUUGCCUGACACGGAGGGCAGCUUCACGGUGAUUGUAGCAAGGAAGAUAGACAGGAAGAGCAUUUGGAGCAAGGAGACUUUGGGACAAAGACUGCAAGAGGUCUCUUUCAAGGCUGUGAUGAAAAUGUAAUUUUGGAGUGAUGCUUUUGCUGCAGGAAGGCAAAAUGGAGACCUUUAGAAGGAAGUCAAACUUGUUUUAGUUUAAAUUGAAAUCAUUCCAAAAUGUAUGUUGGAUCUCCAAGCUUCUUGGAUUAGAGGAACAUCUGUGACUUUUAACCAACUUUUCUGUAGAAACAAACUUGAAUGACAUCCCAGCUCAAAUUUCCCUCCUGUUUUGGUUUUUUCCUUAAAAAAAUACAUAUCUGAACUUCAACUGAUGUUGAAAUCUUCAAAAUUUCUUCCUGGUUUUGCCUGCAUCUCUAUUCCUUUCUUUUCUCAUUCCGGCCACCUUUAAACAUCGAUGAAAAUUUAUGUACAUGUGAUAGUGUUCAAAUUGGUUUUUGGUCCGUGGCACUAAUAUUCUCUCGGUGUGGUGUGUGUGCUUGUAUUUUUGUAGCGAUCGGCACUUCUGCAGAAAGAUAGGUUUUGCCAACGAAAACGGAAGGAACGAUGGUGGAAAAAGAAAGAGGAGGUUGUAAAACAUUUCAGAAAGUUGAAGCAGCAAAAAGUUGGAAUACGCACCAAUUGGAGCUUUGGCUGUCCAAAACAUUUUGAAUUUCAACUAUUCCAAUUUUCCUCCCUGGCUUCAUCUUGAGUUGAAAAAAACGAGACAUUUUGAUCAUUGAUGAAGUGUUUUGGGCUCAAAACUGAGGGGCGAACCGAAGAUGCUUUGAGCUGGAAAUAUUUCCUAAAUGAUCAAGAUGAGUCAAAAUGGCGAGUCAGCCAUUUUGUGUUCAAAGGGAGACAUUUUACAGUCAAGAGAGGUCAGAAUAAAUGGGUUUUGCACACCGCCGGUGCUGAGUUCUUCUACUCUGUAGGGUUCGAGAGCAAUAAAAUUAGGGCAUAAAUUUGGUUUUCAGCGUUUCUGCGGCUUACAAAAAACAUCAGUGUCUGCAUGAUGUGGUCAAAACAGGGUAAGUGAAUUUGUGAAUUCUGUAGUGUAUAUAAUGACAUCAUUUAUCAAAAACGUCUGUUGGGUUAUUUGCGCAAGACAUCAUUAUGGCUUGUGCUGGACUCUUUAUCACAUGGUAGGUCUGCACUAAGCCAGGUUCCAAGCCUAUGUAAACCUGGUCUAGGCCAGCCCAGAGAUCCUAGCUCUCCAGAUACUUCUGAACUGGCGCAUUGUUCCUCCACUGUGGAUUUGUUUGUUGUUUUAUAUUGCAGUUUUCCACUUGGGCAUCACCCUUACUGUAGUUUUAAACCAAUGAUGAGGAACCAUUGGCCUCUUUAUGACUUGUGGACUUCAACUCCCAGAAUUCCUCUGCUGGCUCAAGAAUUCUGGGAGUUGAAGUCCACAAGUCAUAAAAAGGCCAAUGGUUCCCCACCACUGUUAUAAACAAACAUCCCUCAACAUUGAUAUUGAAUUCUUCACGAGGUGUUUGUCGAGCAGCACACGGAGCACCUUAAAUUCCCCACAAGAGCACGACCGAAGCGGGCAAAUUGGCAGAGAAGAGAUUUAUACCACUAAAUCUCCCUGGUUCUCCGUUUCCUCCUCAACUCUUAAUUUAUUAUUUAUUUAUUAUGAAAUUUAUUUGCCGCCUAUCUUGGAUCAAACGCUAAAUGUUCGGGUGUUCCCUCCCCAAAAAAAAAAAAUGGCACAAAAACUAGUUGAACUGAUGGUUGUUGGAAGAAAAGAGUUAUUAAUGGCCUUUUUUAGGACAGUAUUUCUCGACCUUGGCAAAUUGAAGAUGGGCGGACUUCAACUCCCAGAAUUUCCCAGCCAGCAUGUGGGAUUCUGAGAGUUGGAGUCCACCCGUUUUCAAGUUGCCAAAGUCAAGAAACACCACUCUAGUAUGUGUGUCUGACAAUUUUUCAACCUCUAUCCCAUUUCAUCUCUCCAUUUUCUUCAUCUUUUGUUUCUUCACUCUUUUUCCUUAUUUAAAUUUCAUCUCUCCCUUUCCUUUUGUCAGUACGUUUUCCUUAUUUUUGUUAUUUAAAUUUCAUCUCUCCCAUUUUCUUCACCUAUCCUAUCUUCAGUCCAACGUUUUCCUUAUUUUUGUUAUUUAAAUUUCAUCUCUCCAUUUUCUUCACCUAUCCUAUCUUCAGUCCAACGUUUUCCUUAUUUUUGUUAUUUAAAUUUCAUCUCUCCAUUUCCUUUAUCUUUCCUUUCUUCAGUCCAACGUUUUCCUUAUUUUUGUUAUUUAAAUUUCAUCUUUCCAUUUUCUUCACCUUUCCUUUCUUCAGUCCAGCGUUUUCCUUAUUUUUGUUAUUUAAAUUUCAUCUCUCCAUUUUCUUCACCUAUCCUAUCUUCAGUCCAACGUUUUCCUUAUUUUUGUUAUUUAAAUUUCAUCUUUCCAUUUUCUUUACCUUUCCUUUCUUCAGUCCAGCGUUUUCCUUAUUUUUGUUAUUAAAUUUCAUCUCUCCAUUUCCUUUAUCUUUCCUUUCUUCAGUCCAACGUUUUCCUUAUUUUUGUUAUUUAAAUUUCAUCUCUCCCAUUUCCUUCAUCUUUCCUUUCUUCAGUCCAACGUUUUCCUUAUUUUUGUUACUUAAAGAGAGCCACAUUUGCUGGUCAAAGAACAUCUGGAAAAAAAAAUGCUGUCCAUUUCUCAUCCCUGCCAAAAUACACGGUCCCAUUUUCCCCUUUAUUAUCUAGGUAAUUGAGACCGUGGCAGAGUUAAAAUACAACUGUUCAGGGAAGCGAUUUCUGGAAAAGAUUAUACUCAAUGGAGUGGCAAAGAUUUUUAUGGCGUUUCUGUCAGAAGACGACGAUCAGGAGGGUUGGAAAUACCUUAUAAAAGGAAGAAAUGUGAUAUCAGGCAAAAUAUGAAUCCGGAUUAUUAUUUUGCUAUUCCGACUUUCCUUCCAGUAGCUCAUACAGUCUUCGUUUCAUUUUCCCUAAGUAUCCUUGGAGAGCAAUUCUUUUUUUUUUUUUAAAUUAAGAUUUGGAAACACUGUAUUUUCAUUUUGUUUUUAAAUAAGUGAGGUGGUGUUGAAAUGUCUUUUGAAAUAAAAUAAAAAUAAAAAUGUGGACUAGCAAUAUGAAAAAA